GUGCAGAGUAUCCUUAGGAGUAAUUGAAGUGCUACAGCGGUUCAGCAUUUCACUUGUAGACAAACUAAGGGUAGGGGGAAGAGACAAACACUUGGGAUAAGUUCAAAUUUUGUUUAAUAUACAGUUAGUGCAAAAAUGUUACAACUAGAGCUGAUCAAAAACUUUUUUUGUGAAAAAGUAUCUUUUUUUUCAGCCAGCUGUAAUGAUAAUAAGCCACUCAAGUGUUAUGUUUUAAAUAAAAUGGAUCUGAUUGUAGAUGGUAGGAUGAAAGAGAAAAACCGUCUGAAAUUUGCAUAAGUCACUAAAACCAGAAAGCACUAGAGCUGUUCAAAAAAGAGUCAGUCGUCAGCACCUGGAUAACUUAGGGUCUUGUGCUUUAAGAAUGAAAAAAUUUCAAUAGUAAUUUAAUAAACGCCUAGGGUUGGUACUGUCUAUAUUCCAUUAGUACUGCUAAUAUCUGUUAUCUUGCAUUCUUCUCCAUUGUGAGGGAUUUGUUUCUGACUCACCAUUUUUUUUAAUAUGUUGAUCCCCAUUUUGUUGAACUCAGCAAGUCCAACAUAUUUGUGAAGUAAACCCUGAUUUACCUGCUUUAUACAUGUUUUGAGGCUUGAUUGAUUUCAGUUUAUAAAACGUCUGUUUCCCCUCAAUCCCAAUUCAAGCUCUGUGGCAAGCAACCUUAAACUUCAGAGUCUUUAGUUUUCUCUUUGGAAUAUGCUGGUGUCUUUCCUGCAGGCUCUAUGAAGAAUGUUGCAGUUGAAUAUAUGAUUUCUCUCUUGCACAUCUCAAAUGUAUAUGUAGUCCAAAUACAAAAAAGUCUGUAUUUUCUAAAAUUAUUUACAUUUUGAGACAUGUACAGUUUGACACUUUGGGGGAGGGAGGUGAAAAAAUAGGCUCUCACCAGUAUCUAAGAAGUGCAUCUGUCAUUAUGCUAUAUGUUCUCUCUUAAGAAUUUGAACUUAGAAAAUGAAUGUUUUUCUUCUUUUAAGCUCCACUCAUACUCUGAAAACUGCAAGGACUCAUAGAUCUGCCUGCAUGGUUCUCCAUGCAGGACCAGAAAAUACUUAAGCAAACGUGCUGUUUUUUUAAGUGUAUAAGCACUUACAAUAUUUUUUUGCAGAGGUGAAUAAAACAAUCUGACUUUUGUGGAAGAAACUUCUUCAGUAGAACAUUAUAAACAGUACUAGCAAUUGAUGCUCAUGUGCAGAAGUUGCAGGAUAUAGAUAACUAUUGUAACUCGAGAGAUGCUUUGGUGGUUGAGUGAUAGGUUUCUGCUCAGAAAGGACCUUUCUUUCUUAUAUGGGGAAGUUGUGGCUCCUCCCUAAAUCAGUAAUGCUUUUAACUUCAUUAUUCUUUUGUUUGUGAGUGGGGCAGGGAGGCGAUGUAUGCCAAAGUCAUACCAUGUCUAGCCGUUGUAAAUAGUAUGCUUUUUUCUAGGUGAUGGAAAAAAUCUCUAUGAUGUGACAGUUAAGAAGCAGUCAUGUCAACUCUCUGUCCACCUCCUUCUCCUGCAGUUGCCAAGACGGAGAUCUCGUUGAAUGGGGACUCACCAUUACUAGCUGCUACUUUUGCCUACUGGGACAAUAUUCUUGGACCUAGAGUCAGACACAUCUGGGCCCCAAAGGCAGAACAGAUGCUUCUCAGUGAUGGAGAAAUAACUUUUCUUGCAAAUCACACAUUGAAUGGGGAAAUACUUAGGAAUGCAGAGAGUGGAGCAAUAGAUGUGAAGUUUUUUGUCUUGGCAGAAAAAGGAGUAAUUAUUGUGUCAUUAAUCUUUGAUGGAAACUGGAAUGGGGACAGAAGUACAUAUGGACUAUCAAUUAUACUUCCACAAAGUGAACUUGGCUUCUAUCUUCCUCUUCACAGAGUGUGUGUUGAUAGGUUAACGAAUAUUAUAAGGAAAGGAAGAAUAUGGAUGCAUAAGGAGAGGCAAGAACAUUUCCAGAAGAUUGUCUUGGAAAGCACGGAGAGAAUGGAGGAUCAGGGCCAAAGCAUCAUUCCAAUGCUGACAGGAGAAGUUAUUCCUGUAAUGGAACUUCUUUCAUCUAUGAAAUCCCACAGUGUGCCAGAAGAAAUAGAUAUAAGUGAUACAGUGUUAAAUGAUGAUGACAUUGGAGACAGUUGCCAUGAAGGUUUUCUCCUCAAUGCCAUCAGUUCACACCUACAAACUUGUGGUUGCUCUGUGGUUGUAGGUAGCAGUGCAGAGAAAGUUAAUAAGAUAGUGAGGACAUUGUGUCUGUUUCUUACUCCAUCAGAACGGAAGUGUUCCAGACUCUGUAGAAAUGAAUCUUCCUUCAAAUAUGAAUCAGGACUCUUUGUACAAGGAUUGCUCAAGGAUGCAACUGGAAGCUUUGUGUUGCCCUUCCGUCAAGUAAUGUAUGCUCCAUAUCCUACUACACAUAUAGAUGUGGAUGUCAACACAGUGAAGCAGAUGCCUCCUUGCCAUGAACAUAUCUAUAACCAACGGCGAUACAUGAGGUCCGAGCUGGCAGCAUUUUGGAGAGCCAAUUCAGAUGAAGAGAUGGCUCAGGAUAUCACUAUCCACACAGAUGAAAGCUUCACUCCUGAUUUGAAUGUUUUUCAAGAUGUCCUGCAUCGUGAUACGUUAGUAAAAGCCUUCCUGGAGCAGGUCUUUCAUUUGAAACCUGGCUUGUCUCUGAGGAGUACUUUCCUUGCCCAGUUUCUGCUAGUCCUUCAUAGAAAAGCCUUAACUCUCAUAAAGUACAUAGAGGAUGAUACGCAGAAAGGAAAAAAGCCUUUUAAGUCUCUCCGUAGCUUAAAAAUAGACCUUGACUUAACAGCAGAGGGCGAUCUUAACAUAAUAAUGGCUUUAGCUGAGAAGAUCAAACCUGGUCUACAUUCGUUUAUCUUUGGGAGACCCUUCUACACUAGUGUACAAGAACGUGAUGUACUAAUGACAUUUUAAAGAUCCUGUACGCUGCUGAAAGCUAGUAAUGUAAACACCAUUUUUCCCUUUUUGUUAAGCACAGUCUUGCACCCUAAUGCAGCGACUGAAAGCAAGUUACACUACAAUCCAGUAAAAGUGGGGAGGGAGCAUUAUUAGAGGGAAAGUCACUUCAGUUAGGGAAGCACACUUAAAAAGAGCCCUUUUUUGUUGUUUACAGUGAAAGUAAAGAUUGCAGUAGUUUUAAUGAUAUUUUGGGUUUGUUGUGUAAACUUUGCCACAGUUGUGGCUUAAACUGAUUUAAAGGGAGGCUUUUGUAUUGAUUGUUUAGAGAGAUCAUACAACUUCCCCACCAUUUCCCUUCAAUUUUGUGUCCCUCUUUGUCCUGCUAUCAGUAUUUCCUAGUGUUGUCAUGGAAAACAGUACUACUUGUCCUCUCCAUUAUGGAGGGGACUGCCUUUUGUGAAACAGAAACUGGAAGGACAGAUUUAACUUUUUUUUUGUGUGUGUUCUGUCUUCUUUCCUAUGUGUGGGGCUAGCAUGAAAAACACCUUCCCUGUUCCCCAUUCCAACUUCACCAGAAAUAUUUGUGCUACUUUGUGAUGCAUUUAAAAGGAUAUUAAAAAGAAACUAAAGAUAAAAGUACUGUACAGCAUUAUCCUUGGGAGCCAGAGUGCUGCCUUUUAGUGGAUUGUAAAGCCAAACUGAUCUGUAGAAUGCUGCUUUUAUAACGGGGUCAUCAUUUAAGCUGCUUUGCAUGUAUAAGUGCUAACCAGGAUAUUCUGUCACUGACUAUGUUGAACCCAUCAUUUCAGUGUUUAAUGACCCAACAUAAUUGAGCUCUUUGAGAAAACAAAACAGGAAAAUUAGGUUUUAUACUUGGAUAGCCAUUGCCAACCUUUCUUUUUAUAAUCGACUCCUAUUCUUUUUAUGAGUAAGAACAAGGGCCCCAUUAAAACACUAGACCGCCUGUGCCUUUGUUCUUUUUGGAAAUAACCUAUGGGAUAUAGCCAAACUUCAAGAUAGACACUUUCUUUUCAUGUUACCUUUGUCAUAUGUUCAGCAUAACUUCAUUAAGAAAUCCAUGUGGCUGUUAAAUAAUAAGAAUAAUAGUGUUGAUGGAAAAACAAACUCUGGUUCAAUGAGAUGCUAAUCUCCCUCUUCCACGCCAACACGCUUACCUCUCAGUCCACUUGUUUUGCUUUGCAUAGAGAAGAUAAAGAACAGCAGGAAGUCAGGAAAUGUAUUUUACCUGCUUUCACAGCAUUUCUUACUUCAAUAAUCUGAGUUGUUGGAUGUAUUUUUCAGAUUCCGCAGAAGCUUUUCAGGUUUUGCCGUUGGGCUACAUGGUGUACUAUGCUAAGAGAUAGCAGCACACAAAGCAGAUGCAUCAAUCUGUCUUCUCCCUUUUUCCUUUCUCCACCCCUUUUUAAAAAAAAAAAAAAGUCGGGAAUCUACUUCUGUAAAUGUAGUGUGUUAGUGAUAUUCUAUGAUUAGAGAUUCCUUGCUAAAAAACUAGGUUGGUAACUGGAGAUCUAGGCAGCCAGUGUUGCUUUACUACUUAAGCCCUUGUUAUAACUUCCUUUUUUUUUUUAAGGAUGUGUUUGCUCUGUGAACUACUCAUUUUCUAACUCAGUUUCAUUAGUUGAGACAUAAGACAUAACACUUCAGAAUAAUGGAUUUUUC